UACCACUCACGAGUCCUGUUCUCAGUUCUCAUCGAACAUAACACAGAACAGACGACAACAGCAACAGCAUUGCUUGAGCCGGCGAGGAAAAUUUCUUAACUUAGCAGAAGCCGCGUCGCGUGUUAGAGUACGUUUUAAGAGCACGAGUUGAUCAUUUGCUGAAGAACAAUGGCCAAAUGCCCUCUUCCUGGAAUGGAUUUUGACUUCAUCCGCCCUGACCAGCCGAGCAAGUGCACCUGGACCAAGGAUGCUGACCCUGCCUCCUCCCCCCACACCAAACGGACAGUAAUGGACAGGGACCAAAUUUUGCCAAAUAUUCUGCACGCCAUUGGAAGGACUCCACUUGUUCGGCUCAACCACAUCCCCCAAUCUCUUGGCAUCAAAUGCGAAAUGUAUGCGAAAUGCGAAUUCAUGAACCCUGGAGGCAGCGUGAAGGACCGAAUUGGUUUCCGAAUGGUGGAAGAUGCUGAGGAGAAAGGCCUCUUGAAGCCAGGCUACACCAUCAUUGAGCCGACUUCUGGAAACACUGGAAUCGGUCUCGCUAUGGCAGCUGCGGUCAAGGGCUACAGGUGCAUCAUAGUGAUGCCAGAGAAAAUGAGCAAUGAAAAGGUGGACACGCUGAGGUGCUUGGGCGCCGAAAUUAUCAGGACUCCGACUGCUGCCGCCUUUGACUCUCCUGAGGGCCUCAUUGCCGUUUCUCAAAAGCUGAGCAAACAGAUUCCAAACUCGGUCAUUCUUGAUCAGUAUCGCAACUCAGGGAACCCUCUGGCUCACUACGACACAACUGUGGACGAAAUUUUGUCCCAGACCAAGAACAAAGUGGACAUGAUUGUAGCUUCAGCCGGAACAGGCGGGACCAUUACAGGCAUUGGACGCAAGCUGAAGGAGCGCGCACCAAACUGCACCUUGGUGGGUGUCGAUCCCAUGGGCUCAAUACUUGCUCAGCCUGAGGAGCUCAACAAGAGCGACGUGACUUUCUAUGAAGUGGAAGGAAUUGGCUAUGACUUCAUUCCUACCGUUCUUGACCGGACUGUUGUGGACACAUGGCAGAAAACCAUAGACAAGGAGUCACUGCCCAUGGCUCGGAGGCUGAUCAAGGACGAAGGCCUCCUUUGCGGUGGAAGCAGCGGAGCUGUUAUGGCUGCUGCUCUGAAAGCAGCGAAAACUCUGAAGGAGGGACAGCACUGUGUGGUCCUGCUGCCAGAUGGAAUCCGCAACUACAUGACUAAGUUUGUCAGUGACUCCUGGAUGAUUGCUCGCGACUUAAUUUCUAACGCGCCUGAAAAUGCUCCUUGGUGGUGGUACAAUCCAGUGUCGAGUCUUGGAAGCAUCACACCCCGCUCACUUUCUCUCAAUGAUUCCGUGCAGACGGCAGUGAAAACUUUGAAGGAGACAGGAUUUGACUAUCUGCCUGUUGUUGACGAGAGUGGAACCAUCAUUGGAGUUGUUUCUACCACCAACCUGACUAACCGACUCGUCAACCACAAACUCAAGGUGGAUGACAAGCUGACCAGUGUGCUCGUCCGCCAGUUCCGCAAGGUCAAACCCAGUACUAACAUUGGCCACGUGUCUCAUAUCUUGGAAAAGGAUCCCUUUGUCCUGGUUGUGGACGACAAUGACCGGCCUAGUGGCGUCAUCACUCCCAUUGAUGUGCUCGACUACAUCAGCAACUCGGCAGACAGCGCAGCAGCAGCAGUUACCAACGCUUCCAUUUAAAAUUCAAAUGUGGAAAUGAAUAAUUCAAAUUCACUAGUUCGCUCAGUUGAACAACACGCAAAUUAGCUUUUACUGGUGCCCGCACUCUGUGGUGCUAGCAUUGAAAACUGUUUUCCUGUACUUGCAUUUUUGCCUUGAAGAAUUCAGCAAAUUUUUUACCACGUUUUUAUUAAAACGCUUGAACUUGAUGUACCUUAAUUUUUGCCAUAAAUUUUAAUCACAAAUAUUUAUGUGAGAUACUUUGAGUUUUUGCACUUUUUUAAUAAACAUACAAAUUACUCUUAA